AUGGGGAGGGAUCCCUCGGUAUAUUUUGCAGAGUGCUCAAAAAUAUUCAAUUCACUUAAGCUCCAACAAGCGAUUGACUCUUGCGAUGAAAGAAUAUUAGAAUGUAUUGGCGGAAGCGAUAGCGAUCAAGACGGUAAGAGUAGCAUUGAAAAGGAUAAGAGAAGUAUUAAAGACGAAGUCAAGUACAUUGAUAAAGGAGAAUACUACACGCAAACAAUUAUAAAAUUUGCAUCUAACUACGUAGGUGAAAGG